ACAUUGCAUUCCAAGUGCCUAAAAAUAGCAAUUUCAUCCUCAGCAAGCUGCUAUCUUACAUCCUCAGCCAUGGAACUUGGUGGUGAAGGUGAUGAGAAGAAAUGGAUUCAUGACUCAUCUGUUGAUUACAAGGGGAGGGUUCCUCUCAGGACCUCAACUGGGGGAUGGAGGGCUUCCCUCUUUGUAAUUGGAAUCGAAUUCGCCGAAAGGCUGAGUUACUAUGGAAUAGCUUCCAACCUUAUUAUGUACCUGACAACGGUACUUCAACAAGAUUUGAAAACAUCAGCGAAGAACGUGAAUGACUGGUUAGGGGUGACCGCUGUGUCGCCCCUUCUUGGUGGGUUUCUUGCUGAUGCAUACAUAGGCAGAUUCUGGAUGGUCGUGAUAUCUUCCUUAAUAUACCUAAUGGGACUAUGCCUACUGACCUUAUCGGAGUUCGUGCCGUCCCUCAAGCCACCAACAUGCAGCACUUCUGCGCACAUAUGCAACAGGUCCAAAAGGCCACAUGAGAACGCCUUCUUCCUGGCACUGUACCUCAUCUCCCUGGGCACAGGCGGCCACAAGCCUUCACUGGAGAGCUUUGGUGCUGAUCAGUUCGAUGAUGACGACGAUGGUGAAAGGAAGAAGAAGACCUCUUUCUUCAACUGGUGGUAUUGUGGCCUCUGUUCUGGCGCCAUGCUCGGGGUGACCCUGAUAGUCUAUAUACAGGACAAUGUCGGUUGGGGUGCUGGCUUUGUUGCCCUUACUGCUGUGAAGGCUGUAGCCAUUGUCAUCUUGAUAAUUGGGGUGCCCUUUUAUAGAUAUAGGGUACCCAAAGGGAGCCCACUGAUCCCCAUGUUGCAGGUAUUGACUGCAGCCAUAGUCAAGAGGGAUCUGACCUGCCCUUCUGACCCUUCUCAGCUCUAUGAAUUGGUGGCACCAGGGAGGAGGCGUUUGCAUCACACUCAGAGGAUGAGGUUUCUCGACAAGGCUGCUAUAAUUCCUGAAGAACCAUGUGGCAACUCGGCGGCGGCGAGCCACAAGCAGCAGAAUCCAUGGCGCCUGGCAACCGUAACGCAGGUAGAAGAGACGAAGCAGCUGCUGUCCAUGGUCCCCAUCUGGCUUUCCAACCUAAUCUUCGGCGUCAGCGUCGUUCAGGGCCAGACCUUCUUCAUCAAGCAAGGCUCCGUCAUGAACCGCUCAAUAACCCCCAACUUCAGCAUCCCGCCGGCCUCUCUCCUCGCCCUCGCUGCGCUCUCCAUGGCGGUAUUCGUCUCCAUAUACGACCGCCUCCUCGUCCCCGCCCUCCGCUGCCUCACCGGCAACGACCGAGGCAUCACCAUCCUCCAAAGAAUCGGCAUCGGAAUGGCCUUCUCCGUGGCUUGCCUGGCCUCCGCCGCCACGGUCGAGAAGAAGCGAAGGGAUUCUCCCCUCCCCAUCAGCGUCUUUUGGCUUGCUCCCCAAUUCACCCUCUUGGGGAUCUCCGACGUCUUCACACUGGUGGGCCUCCAAGAGUACUUCUACGAUCAGGUGCCUGACAACAUGAGGAGCCUUGGCAUCGCCUUCUACCUCAGCGUGAUCGGCGCGGCGAGCUUCUUGAGCAGUUUCAUCAUAAGUGUUGUGGACUCCAUGACCAGCAGGGGAGGGGCGAGCUGGUUCGCCAAGGAUCUGAACCACAGCAGACUCGAUUACUUCUACUGGCUGCUGGCCGUGCUGAGCGGGAUCAACCUGUGCGUCUAUGUGUGCGUGGCGAGGAAGUAUUCUUACAAGAGCGUGGACAAGGGUCACAAGUGGCGGGACUCGCUCGAUGACGCCACCGGCGAUGAGUUGAAGCUCAUGCCCUGAAUUUUUUCAGUUAGCGUCGGUGAGUCUGAUGGCGCCGGUAUUCGCCACAAAGUUGCGAUCGUCGAGUUGUUCCAUUUUGUUAACUUCCUUGCAUUGUUUGUCAACACGGCCGUGAUCAAGAGAUGAGAAAAUAAUAAAAGAAGAAAAAGGAGGAGAUCACUUUGCACCGGCCAAUUACCAUCUCUCGUAUGAGCGAAACACGUGAAUUGAAAACACUUAGGACAGUGACGUGGGACGCGCUGUGGAGACGUGGGUUCCGCCUCUCAUGCUCUAUUAUAAAGUGAUGCUCAGCCGAACCAAUCAUGCUUUGCUUUGAAUAGUGCGGUGAAAAGAAGAAAGAAAUUGAAGAAAUAUGCGAUGACAAAUUUGACUCGGAAUGUCAUUGUGUUAUGAAUUUGACUAUUAUGGAGGUUUCUAAAAUCUGACUUACUCUGUAUUGGAGCGAUAUAUAAAUCUAUCUACAAAAGUUGUUUGCAUAA